UAUCCUCCCCCCUUCUCAUACACAAAACACACAAUAGACCAACACAAAGAGGACAUAAGGUUGAACGCUCCUCCUCUUCCAUAUAGCAUGUAGAUUUGUAGGGUGGCAUUUCUAAACAUGGUCCUGUAGCCUAGCAGGCCUUUUCUUGCCAAGGAAAAUGCACAAUACGCUAGGCUGAGGAGCUGACAUUUGGAAGGAUUUCCCUUAUAUCAGGAUUGCCUCCACCAAAGCCUGCUAUUGUAGGAUCCAAAUCCAUCCACUAUGGGCAAAUGCACUGGGAGAUGUACCUUGGUUGGGAUCUGCUGCCUGCAGCUGGCAGCUGCACUACAGAGACAAAUCUUUGACUUCCUCGGCUACCAGUGGGCACCAAUAUUAGCCAAUUUUCUGCAUAUUAUGGUGGUCAUCUUGGGAAUAUUUGGCACUCUGCAUUACAGAUCCAAGUACCUGAUAUUGUACUCAGUGUGGCUAGCAUUAUGGGUGGCUUGGAAUGCAUUUAUAAUCUGUUUCUACCUGGAAGUGGGACAUUUAUCACAGCACAAGGACCUAAUAAUGAACUUUAACACCUCCCUGCAUCGAUCAUGGUGGAUGGAAAAUGGACCAGGCUGCCUGGUGACACCAGUUCGUACAGCCCCUUUGUCACUGGCUGAUCAUCAUAUGGUAACAGUGACUGGUUGUCUACUUGAUUAUCCUUAUAUUGAGGCCCUGAGCAGUGCUUUACAGAUUUUUCUAGCGCUGUUCGGUUUUGUCUAUGCCUGUUACGUCAGCAAAGUUUUCAUGGAUGAAGAAGACAGCUUUGAUUUCAUUGGCUCCUAUGAUUCCUAUGGAUAUCAGGCUCCCAUGAAGACCUCACACCUUCAGCUGCAGCCACUGUACAAGCCUGGCUAGACCUCUCCAUGAUUCUUCCUUCAUUAUACAUGCUCCAUACUCAAAACCCUCCAUGUAUGUCUCUGUCUCAGUUUAGUUCCCUACUAUUAACCCAGAUCAGUGGUCAAAAUGCCUUAACGCACCAAAACACAGUGGUGAUGUUCAGAGAUUUCUGAACUGGUUGCACACAAUUAAAUAUUACCAUGAUGUCGGUUUUCAUGACUGGCCUAUUAUCUCAAUGACACCUCUGUGCCAAGAGUACCAUAACUGCCUGGAUAUAAAGCACUGAUCACUGGAGCUUAGUAAUAGAAUAAACUGUUGUCUCUGAACUUAAAUGAACCUUCAAUUCCAGUAUUGCAGGUUAUUAGAAAGGACCACCACUUCUUAAAUGACCACGCUUAUUAGUUUUUUCUGAAGAGUGGAUUUGAAUUUUUGUUUGUUCUCUGGAUUAAUUUUCAUGUUAGAAGGAUUACUAUAGCUAUCAGGGAUGUUAGGGGAUAUUUGCAUGUUAAAAAUUCCAGCUAUUAUUUUCCAGCUAGCUUCAUAUAUGUGGGCUCCUUUACUAAGGCAUUUGAUCAAUGUGCAAAUAGCAGUAACCCCUAACAACCUUUUAUAUUUAAACACUUAUUACAGUAAACAGAACUCUGAUUGACUGCCAUAAGUUACUACUUUACCUUAAUACAUAAGCCCAUGUAUAAGAAAUAAUUGCUGAACUGAGAAUUCUUUAAACAAAAAUAAUUAAGUAACAAGGAAGGUAUUACACAUAGCAAAUGGCCGGAUGUUAGUUUGUAACCUGCACUAGAAAAAAAUUACAUCUGACCAGUUUUUAUAAGCAACAAUUCCAAUGUGAAUAGAAUUCUUAGUAGCACCCCUAAUCGUUAAUACAUCAUAGACAAUGUGCAUUUCAGCCUUGAAAGUGAUUCUGGGUGUUCAGAUAUCAUGGAAUACUAAAACACUAAAGUCACAGCUGGAAAGCACAGAACUGGAGCACUGGAGAUGGCUAUGCCUUCGGGAAGGCAUUUUGUUCAGCACUGGGCAGAUUUUAUUGGAGUUCUUUUAUGUAUUUCUUCUUUUGUUUUUAAAUCACAAUGUGCAAACCUACUAAUGUAUAAUUUGGAUAACAUGUUUAAUAUGUAGCCUUAAUGGUUCUUGUAUGCUUGCAGGUGACAACAUGGAGUCACUAUUGCAACAAUGUCAAAGGAUAUUUCAGGAAACAAUUUCAGUAUUAAAGAUACAAGCAGAGAGCAAUAGCACAUGUUUACACAUUCAGAAUGUUCCUUUCUAUUCAUGUAUUUGUUUUUUAUAGAUUUUAAAUUGUAUGAAGGGGAGAUUAGCAUGGAGUGCUCCGUAGCCAUUAUGUAAUAGUAUGUGCACAGGGGGUAGAGAACAUCUAGUAACCACUUAGUACCUAAUGCUAAAAUAUAUGAGGGUACCAGGCACCAUACUUCCUGUGCUUUAAGCGGGCACUUUAGUUCAGUGUAGUGGAAAGCCUGAGCUUUUAGCAAAGAGGUUGGGCUAAGCAGAGAUAAGACUUUACAGUUUAGGGUGCUGAACUGUUCUGGUGGUGGCAAAUGAGCAGAUCUGUUUGCACUGGAAGAGAUGUAUCUAAAGCUGUUAUUGCCAGCAAAGGCACAUCUG